AAAAGUGCACAGAAGCAGGGGGUGUCUACUCAAUUAUAAUAAGAGGGAACUUUUUAUAUAGUUGCAGGAUGCCAGGAUCCACAAACACAUAGCACCCAAUCACAGCUCACCAGCUUCAUGCACUGCUUUUCUGUUUUCUCCCUUGUUGGUUUCCUCUUUGAGAAGAUAACACCAAAGUUUGUUUCAAGAUUCAUUCAGCUUGGUCACUUUGCUUUUUCAGCUUCCAUUUAUUUCCCUCUUUCUCAUUAGGGGGUCUCCUAUUCCUUUUUUUGUGCUUAGUUUGUGUACCAUUAAAUUUCUUUCCCUUUUCUUUGUUUCUCUGCUUCAAGGAAAAGGGAAUAACAAAUUUUUCUUUUCUUUUUUCUCCUUUGAUACCACAUAAAUUCUGAGUCUUUCUGCUGUUUCCUAAUUGGGUUUGCACAUUCAUUGUCUUAGGCUCCUUCCCUUUUGCUCUGCCUUAGCUUCUAAUUACUUUCCCAAUUAGGUUAGGCUUAAGUUCAAGCUGCAUAAAGAGUUGUCAGUUUUUUUCCUCUCAAAGUUGUCAUUUCCCAGUUGUUAUUCUUCUGUGUGUGGGGUAUUUAUUUUUCCUGGGUUUUUCUCUAUCUCAGUUCUAGUAUAGUAUCAGAGAGGGAAGUUCACUGGGUUUAGUUACAACUUACAAGUGGUUCUAGGGUUAUCUUUUUGGACCAAAUUAGACAAUAGUCUUGAACCUCAAUUUGGAGCAUUUUCUUUUGUAGAUUCCUGAGGGGCAUGCCACAAAAAAGGGUAUUCUGAUUCCUUUCCAAAUGCUUGCUGAUUUAUCCUUGAUGAUGUUGUGGUAAAAUCUCCACCUCUGCUUCUCAUUUAUCUCUGCCUCCCCUCUCUCCUCCCCUGAAUCAACUCUGUUUUCCCAUAAAGAUUUAAUCUUUCUAGUGAAAUCUUCUCCUACAUGCUCCUAUAGUUUGUGUUCCUAUCUUGGGUGUGUGUGUAUGUGAUGAAGUGGGAAAUGGAAAUCCUUCCUCCAGCACCAUAUAUUCACAACCCCAACAAUAGCACCAAUUGGCUUCUAGAAGAUAAUAGGAACACCAAAUGGACCCCUGCAGAGAACAAGCUGUUUGAAAAUGCUCUUGCAGUGUAUGAUAAGGACACCCCGGAUCGGUGGUACAGGGUGGCUGAGAUGAUACCAGGAAAAACAGUUGUGGAUGUGAUAAAGCAGUACAAGGAAUUGGAAGUGGAUGUUUGUAACAUAGAAGCUGGGUUGGUCCCAAUUCCUGGCUACAGCAGCACUACCUCACCCUUCACCUUAGACUGGGUGAACACCCCUCCUGGGUAUGAUGGGUUUAAAGGACUCACUGCAAAGAGAUCCUCUUCAGGCAGAUUACCUGAUCAGGAAAGGAAGAAAGGUGUGCCAUGGACUGAAGAGGAACACAAGUUGUUUCUGCUGGGUCUGAAAAAGUAUGGCAAAGGAGAUUGGAGGAACAUUUCAAGGAAUUUUGUGAUUACUAGAACACCAACUCAGGUGGCUAGCCAUGCUCAGAAGUACUUCAUCAGGCAACUUUCAGGGGGAAAAGACAAGAGGAGAGCUAGCAUCCAUGACAUAACAACAGUUAAUCUCACAGAAACCACCAGAACAACUCCUAAUUCAGAAGACAGCAAGAGAUCCACUUCACCACAGAAUUCUGCGAUGCUCUCCGGCCUCCGCGGCCCGGAUUCGGCAUCUGCUGGACUGCAUUUUCAGUGGAACAAUACUCAGCCAAAUGCAGUACCAACUAUAGCACCCAAUCCUGUACAUGAACAACAAUUCAUGUCUCCUUAUGGACUUAACUCCUAUGGUUUUAAAAUGCCAGGCCAGAAUUAUUACUUAGGACCUCAGACCCAGAACAUGGUUUUCCAAAUGCAAUCCUCUUCUCAGCACUAUUAACAUGCAUGAUGGGGUGGUUGGUUGUAUUGAAUUAUUAUUUAUGGCUAGAACCCAGUGUCUUUUGGUUCAGUUCACAAGUAGUACAGUGUUUGUGCUUUUUUACCAAGUUCUAUGUGAAUAUAUCCUUGCAUUAGAAUA